AUGGCUGCGGAGGAAAAGGGGUCCGAGAAGAAGGGAUUGCUGCUAAGACUGGAUGAAUUAUUGGAGGAGUAUCUGAAUACGCUGGAUAGGUAUCAGAAAGCACAAGAACAGCUUUCUGACUACUUUUCGAAGGGUUUUCUAUCUCUCGCCCAAGCAAAUUUCGCUAACCAGUCCCGGACGCGAUAUGGACAGGACUAUUACGAUCAGCGCAUGCAAGCCAUCAGGACAGUGCAUAUCACGGAUGACCCUUGGGGUUCAUUUGCGGUCUCUAGCAGCACCCCGCGGCCUUCUUCAGUUUCUACCUCAAACCGGCAAGAGUCAGAUGAGGCGUCAAAAAUGCAACCGGAUGUCUCAGAAGAGAAAUCAGAGUCCGCUCCACAAGGGAAAGCGGCCCCCGACAGCUCCGACUCCGCCUCAUCAGACAACCUUGCAGAAUCCAAAGAGCCAGGAGAGACUCCCAAACCCGAGAAGAGGACCCCUUCAGAUCCUCUCCGCUGGUUCGGUAUCCUCGUCCCUUCAGCGCUGCGCUCUUCUCAAUCCUCAUUCAUUUCCGCCGUCGAAGGGCCCAUACCCGAAAUCGCCACCCUAAUCAACAGUAUCAGGAAGCAAGAGAUAGAAAUAGGAAGAUUGAGAAAGCAAAUUCGAAAGCUUUAG